GGCAUUCAUGGUGGGUGGGAGAAAAACAUUCUUAAAGUAAAAAGCUGGAAUAUACUCAUAGUCUAAAUAAGUCUAUAAAGAACAUUGGAAAAUGAAGUCUUGCUUACAGCUGUCUGUCUAGAAGUUUGAUAAAAGUCUUGCUAAUUGGUUUUGCCUUUUUUCUUUUUUUCAUUUAACAGGAAAUAAAAAAAGCAACAUAAUCAACAGAAAUCACAGAGUCUGAAAGGGACCUGGAGAGAUCUUGGCAGGGCUUCAGCAGAGAGGCAGGAUCAAACACAACUAGAGGAAACUGGGAUCUGCUGGGGGAAGUUAGUGCUUGCUAUUCUUUGAAGUUACCAGCUGAAUUCUGAAGACUUUGCAAGAGAACAGAGCACUUUGUUGGACUGACACAGCACAAAGGAGAUAACACCAAGAUGUGUCUAAUCCUCAUCAGCAAUUCCUUCAGCUUCUCUGAUGCUGGCUCUUUUUCCUGCAGCUUAUUUCAGUGGAGUGUGCAGAAGGAGCUCUGUCAGGACUCAGUGUGCUGUUAGAUUACCUGUUGCUUUUCCUCAAUAGCCAAAAACUGAGAGGAAGAUGGGGGUGACCAGAAGGAUGUUUUUGAUGGAACUGGGAAGAAGAAAAGGUUUCCGAGUAGAAAGUGAGCUAAGUGAUUCUGUCACUCAUAUUGUGGCGGAGAACAACUCUUACCUGGAGGUGCUGGACUGGCUGAAGGGACAGGCUGUGGGUGACAGCUCUAGGUUUCAGCUACUGGACAUCUCUUGGUUCACAGCCUGCAUGGAGGCAGGAAGACCAGUUGAUUCAGAAAUGAAAUACCGCCUCAUGGAGCAAUCUCAGUCUCAUCCUCUGAAUACACCUGAAUUGGAAAUGCCAUCAUUUAUUGCAACAAAAGUAUCUCAGUAUUCAUGCCAGAGGAAGACAACUUUAAAUAACUACAACAAGAAAUUCACGGAUGCCUUUGAGGUAAUGGCUGAAAAUUACGAGUUCAAAGAAAAUGAAAUAUUCUGUCUGGAGUUUUUAAGGGCAGCUUCUUUGCUGAAAUCUCUUCCAUUUUCAGUAACCAGAAUGAAAGAUAUACAGGGGUUGCCCUGUAUGGGAGACCAAGUCAGAGAUGUCAUUGAGGAGAUUAUUGAAGAAGGAGAGAGCUCUAGAGUUAAAGAAGUGUUAAAUGAUGAGCGAUACAAGGCAUUUAAGCAAUUUACUUCAGUCUUUGGAGUGGGAGUGAAGACAUCUGAGAAAUGGUACAGAAUGGGCUUGCGGACUGUGGGAGAGGUAAAAGCUGACAAGACCCUGAAGCUGUCAAAAAUGCAGAAAGCAGGGUUUCUCUACUAUGAGGACCUUGUUAGCUGUGUGUCUAAGGCAGAAGCAGAUGCAGUGAGCUUGAUUGUCAAGAACACUGUGUGUACAUUUCUCCCAGAUGCUUUAGUUACCAUAACUGGUGGUUUCAGAAGGGGUAAGAAUAUUGGACAUGACAUAGAUUUUUUGAUCACCAAUCCAGGACCAAGAGAAGAUGAUGAACUUCUGCAUAAAGUUAUUGACUUAUGGAAGAAGCAGGGCUUACUCCUUUAUUGUGAUAUCAUUGAAUCAACAUUUGUAAAGGAACAGCUGCCAAGCAGAAAAAUUGAUGCCAUGGAUCAUUUUCAGAAGUGUUUUGCAAUUUUAAAAUUAUAUCAGCCAAGAGUAGACAACAGCACUUGCAACACAUCAAAAAAAUUGGAGAUGGCAGAAGUCAAAGACUGGAAGGCAAUCCGUGUGGAUCUGGUCAUAACCCCCUUCGAGCAGUAUUCAUAUGCUCUGUUAGGCUGGACAGGCUCCAGGCAAUUUGGACGUGACUUGCGGAGGUAUGCUGCACAUGAGAGGAGGAUGAUAUUGGAUAACCAUGGAUUGUAUGACAGGACAAAGAGGAUCUUCCUUAAAGCUGGAAGUGAGGAAGAAAUCUUUGCACAUCUUGGCUUGGAUUAUGUCGAACCAUGGGAAAGGAAUGCUUAAAAUUAUUUGCCAGUGUACAUUCAUCAGUUGGCUGCAAUGGUCUUUCUGCCCACCUUGCAGUCUGGUAUAGUUAUAUAUAUAUACAUAUAUAAUAAGUAUUUCUAUGACAACAAAAAAAUUUAAAUAAGUAUUAGAGGCCACUUGCACUUGCUAAUGUUCCUAGAAGAUGAUAGUUUAAGUUUUACAAAAUCAUUUCCAGUCCUUUCUAGUUUUGAAGCUUCUAUGUGGGAGUGAUAAGACAGAGCUUGUUUUGGGGGGAAAACUUGGAACUGGUGAGAUUUUUGCUUAUGAUAGGAAUUUAACAUUAGUAUGAACAAUACUUGUUUUUUAAAGUAGUCAGCUACAACAAUAUGUAAAUAAUUCAAAACAUUUGAGCUGAGUCAAAACAUUACUGAAAUGUAUGCUGGUCUUUAACUGAAUUUCUUAUGUAUUUUGCUGAAUCCAUGUAUAAAAUUGCUCUGUAUAUAAGCCUUAAUGACCUAGGCAGUAACUCCUUUGCAGUCUCAGCAACUUGAGGCUUCAGUUGUAAUAUUUUCAUAGGUAGGGCACCAUUCUACAAAAACUCUAAACAAGUUGAUAAUCAGUGAGAGUUAAAAGCAUUUCACAGGAAGGGAUUUUGAAAGGAAAAGUGGAAUGACUCAGUAGCAAUCUUCAAUUGUUUAGAAAAAUACUAUAAAUUUAUAGUACUGAUUUGGACUAAAGAGGAAUCAGAUUAUGAGGUGUAAUGAUCCUCAAUCAGGAAUUUGAAUGAUAACCUGCAUGAAAACAAUGGUUUUAAAGUGUCAGGCUGGUGUCUGCUUCAAGACAAAAGAUUUUAAUUAUCUGUGUUCAAUUUAGAUAGAGGGAACUUUAUUUACUAGUAAGUGUGAAUGCGUUGGAAUGGGAUUUUACUUGAGCUGUUGGGCUGUUGGCUGCUCUAGAGUGGUAUUCCAUGUCUUUAGUCAGAAAUUCAUCUAGGAUGUGAGAGGCUUUCCCAUAAAAGCCCUAUGAGAUAUUUUGGUUCCAGAAAAUGUCAAGGUAGCUCUUGUGACCACAGUGACAAUGAAGGAUUUGUAAUAGAUUAAUCCUUUAAUAAACAGGGGCAUUCUGUGCUUUUGAAGCUAUUUACUGAUUUACUGAUCAUUCAUCAUUUGAGAAUAAAGGUGACUAAGAGCACCA